AAGAGAGACGAGCCCGGAUCACUGUGCUGGGAGCUGCCACCUCAACAUGGUGUGAGAUCGCCAUCCUGCAGCCAGGGCACGAGAGGACGGCCGCACAGAGGGGGGCACGCCGGACACCGGGGGCCACUGCACCCCAAUGACGAGUCGGUGGAGCCGUGCACGGAGAACGUGAGGGAGGAGAGGAGGAUCUCGCCCUGCUGUGUCUGGAUCCAGGGCGGGGAGGAGGGCACUGCCGGACAUAGCACACAAAAAACGGGCGACCAUGGCCAACGACUCGCCUGCCAAGAGCCUGGUGGACAUAGACCUCUCCUCGCUGAGGGAUCCAGCUGGGAUCUUUGAGUUGGUGGAAGUGGUUGGCAAUGGCACCUACGGGCAAGUAUACAAGGGCCGACAUGUCAAAACAGGCCAGCUUGCAGCUAUUAAAGUCAUGGAUGUUACAGAGGAUGAAGAGGAGGAAAUCAAACUGGAAAUCAAUAUGCUCAAGAAAUAUUCCCAUCACAGAAAUAUUGCCACUUAUUAUGGUGCUUUUAUUAAGAAGAGUCCACCUGGGCAUGAUGAUCAGCUGUGGCUUGUAAUGGAGUUUUGUGGUGCUGGCUCAAUCACUGACCUGGUGAAGAAUACGAAGGGGAACACUUUGAAAGAAGAUUGGAUUGCUUAUAUCUCUCGUGAAAUCCUGAGGGGCUUGGCUCAUCUCCAUGCUCAUCACGUGAUUCACAGGGAUAUCAAAGGACAGAACGUACUGCUGACAGAGAAUGCAGAGGUGAAGCUAGUGGAUUUCGGUGUCAGUGCACAGCUAGACAGGACAGUAGGCCGAAGAAAUACAUUUAUUGGUACACCAUAUUGGAUGGCUCCAGAAGUGAUCGCCUGUGAUGAGAACCCAGAUGCUACCUAUGAUUACAGAAGUGACCUUUGGUCUUGUGGUAUCACAGCUAUUGAGAUGGCAGAAGGGGCACCCCCUCUUUGUGAUAUGCACCCAAUGAGAGCGCUGUUCCUUAUUCCUAGAAAUCCUCCACCACGGCUAAAAUCAAAGAAAUGGUCAAAGAAGUUUUUUAGUUUUAUAGAAGGCUGUCUUGUGAAAAAUUACAUGCAGCGUCCCCCUACAGAACAGCUUUUAAAGCAUCCAUUUAUAAGAGAUCAGCCAAAUGAAAGACAAGUCAGGAUCCAACUUAAGGAUCACAUAGACAGGACCAGGAAGAAGAGAGGAGAGAAAGAUGAAACAGAGUAUGAGUACAGUGGUAGUGAAGAGGAGGAAGAGGAAGUGCCUGAGCAGGAAGGAGAACCAAGCUCGAUUGUUAACGUGCCUGGGGAAUCCACCCUUCGACGUGAUUUCCUGAGAUUGCAGCAGGAGAACAAGGAGCGUUCAGAGGCCUUACGAAGGCAGCAGCUGCUGCAGGAGCAGCAACUCAGAGAGCAGGAGGAGUACAAGAGACAGCUAUUGGCAGAGAGACAGAAGCGCAUAGAACAGCAAAAAGAGCAAAGGAGGCGACUUGAAGAGCAACAGAGAAGAGAACGUGAAGCUCGGCGGCAGCAAGAAAGAGAACAACGAAGAAGAGAGCAGGAAGAAAAGAAAAGAAUGGAGGAAUUGGAACGGAGACGUAAAGAAGAGGAAGAACGUAGAAGAGCUGAAGAAGAGAAAAGACGAGUGGAAAGGGAGCAGGAGUAUAUCAGACGACAGCUGGAGGAGGAGCAGAGGCACUUGGAAAUCCUUCAACAACAGCUGCUUCAAGAGCAGGCCAUGUUACUGGAAUACAGAUGGCGGGAGAUGGAGGAACACAGGCAGGCAGAGAGACUGCAACGUCAACUGCAGCAAGAACAAGCAUAUCUUAUGUCUUUACAACAUGAUCACAGGCAGCAACCGCAGCAGCAACAACCACCCCCGCAGCAGCCGCAACCUCAACAGCCCCAAAUUCUACAGCAAGAAAGAAGCAAGCAAAGUUACCACACUCCAGAACCUAAACCCCACUUUGAUCAGGCUGAACGUGUGCGAGAGGCAGAAGAGCGCCUUAGAAAAACUAACCAAGGCUCUCCUGAAGCACAGUCAAAGCAAACAGGGAGAGUGUUGGAGCCAUUAGUGCCUUCAAGAUCCGAGUCCUUUUCCAAUGGGAAUGCUGAGCCUGCUCAGCCUGCCAUGCAUAGGCCAGUGGAGCCUCAGGUACAAUGGUCUCAUCUGGCAUCCCUCAAGAACAAUGUUUCCCCUGUCUCGCGAUCCCAUUCCUUCAGUGACCCUUCUCCCAAAUUUGCACCUCACCAUCUUCGUUCUCAGGACUCACACCCACCCCCACGCAAUGAAGUUUUAAGUCAAAGUACUGACCCUAAAUCUGACAUACCUGAGCCCAACCAAAGGGUUUGGGCUAGAUCAGACAGUGAAGAGGUGCCGCCAAGGGUACCAGUAAGGACAACGUCAAGAUCCCCGGUAUUGUCACGAAGAGAUUCUCCUCUCCAGGGCAGUGUACAACAGAAUAGCCAAACUGGACAAAGGAAUUCCACAAGCAAUAUUGAGCCCAGACUGCUUUGGGAGAGAGUAGAAAAACUUGUACCUAGACCAGGCAGUGGCAGCUCUUCUGGAUCCAGUAAUUCUGGUUCCCAAGCAGGCUCUCAUCCAGGAUCUCAGAGUGGUUCUGGAGAACGCUUCCGUGUGAGAUCAUCAUCAAAAUCAGAAGGGUCACCAUCUCAGCGUCCCGAAAGUACAGCAAAAAAACCUGAUGAAAAGAAAGAAACUGGAAGACCUACGAAGCCUGCUGGAGAUGUGGACCUUACUGCUUUGGCAAAGGAACUUCGUGCUGUAGAAGAUGUGCGACCUCUACAUAAAGUAACUGACUAUUCUUCAUCCAGUGAAGAAUCUGGUACCACAGAUGAGGAGGAUGAUGACAUGGAACAAGAAGGAGCAGAUGAAUCAACAUCUGGCCCUGAGGAUGCUAGAGCUAUGUCUUCAUUAAAUUUGAGCAAUGGAGAAACAGAGUCUGUAAAAACAAUGAUUGUCCAUGAUGAUGUUGAGAGUGAGCCUGCCAUGACUCCUUCCAAAGAAGGCACUUUAAUCGUCCGACAGAGUACAGUUGACAAAAAGCGUGCCAAUCAGCUUGAGAGCAAUGGCUUUGCCGGGCGCAUUCACCUCUUGCCAGAUCUCUUACAGCAAAGCCAUUCCUCCUCCACCACCUCUUCCCCAUCCUCAAGUCAACCGACACCCACCAUGUCCCCACAGACACCCCAGGACAAGUUAACUGCUAAUGAGACCCAAUCCGCAAGUAACACUCUUCAGAAACACAAAUCUUCUUCCUCGUUUACACCUUUUAUCGAUCCUCGGUUACUUCAGAUUUCUCCGUCCAGUGGAACAACUGUUACAUCAGUGGUGGGAUUUUCCAGUGAAGCGCUGAGGCCAGAUGCUAUGAGGCAGGAUCCCACAAGAAAAGGAUCAGUUGUUAAUGUUAAUCCCACAAACACAAGGCCACAGAGUGAUACACCUGAGAUUCGCAAAUACAAGAAGAGAUUUAAUUCAGAAAUAUUAUGUGCUGCACUAUGGGGUGUGAAUUUGUUGGUCGGCACUGAAAGUGGAUUAAUGCUGUUAGAUAGAAGUGGUCAGGGAAAGGUCUACCCUCUUAUCAACAGAAGACGAUUUCUGCAAAUGGAUGUCCUUGAGGGUUUAAAUGUGUUGGUUACAAUAUCAGGAAAGAAGAACAAGCUGCGAGUGUAUUACUUGUCUUGGCUUAGAAACAAAAUUCUCCACAAUGACCCAGAGGUUGAGAAAAAACAAGGGUGGACAACUGUUGGAGAUUUGGAAGGUUGUGUGCACUAUAAAGUUGUAAAAUAUGAACGGAUCAAGUUUUUGGUAAUUGCUUUAAAGAGUUCAGUGGAAGUCUAUGCCUGGGCGCCAAAGCCAUAUCACAAAUUCAUGGCCUUUAAGUCAUUUGGAGAGCUGGUACAUAGGCCGCUGUUAGUUGAUCUGACUGUUGAAGAAGGACAAAGGCUUAAAGUGAUCUAUGGUUCCUGUGCUGGUUUUCAUGCUGUUGAUGUGGACUCAGGAGCAGUUUAUGAUAUUUAUCUCCCAACACAUAUCCAGAGCAGUAUCCAGCCACAUGCAAUUAUUAUUCUCCCAAAUACAGACGGCAUGGAGUUGUUGGUUUGUUAUGAAGAUGAAGGAGUUUAUGUUAAUACUUACGGCAGGAUCACCAAAGAUGUGGUUCUACAAUGGGGAGAAAUGCCGACAUCUGUUGCAUACAUUCGAUCUAACCAGAUAAUGGGAUGGGGUGAAAAAGCCAUUGAAAUUCGAUCUGUUGAGACUGGCCACCUUGAUGGAGUUUUUAUGCACAAAAGGGCACAAAGACUAAAGUUUUUGUGUGAACGAAAUGAUAAGGUUUUCUUUGCUUCUGUAAGGUCUGGUGGAAGCAGUCAAGUAUAUUUCAUGACCCUGGGCAGGAGUUCUCUUUUGAGCUGGUAACAAGUGGAACUGCUGACAUCUCCCCUACAGUCUUUGUAAUCUCCGUAACUUGAAAUCAUUUGCAACUGGAGUACAACCACAUUCAUUUAGUGGAUUAUGUGUUUCUAACAUAGGGGAGAAGAUUAAAGAACCUUUAUGCAGCUUGCAAGGCAGCUGGGGCUGUAAUGUUGGGUGCUACAAACAUCUAAGGGUUCUACUAACUUAGACACUUCCUCUUACUAUCAUUUGUGAGUAAGAUGUGAAAGAAUAAGUCACACUAAAAGCACCCCUUCACCAAGAAAACAAAUCAUGGAAUUUAACCCAGUCCAAGAGAACUUAUCAAGCCUUUCUGACGAUGCACAGCCAGGCUUACUAAUAUUUCACUUAUUUAAUUUAGUGUUUUUUUUUUUCUGUUUGUUUUCUUAUGUUGAUUAUGACAAAGGAAGUUCAUAUAAUAAACUGUAUUUAUAAAAUGUGAAAGGCAGCAGCUAACGUUUGUUAAUUUUUUAAAUUUUUUAUUUCUCUUUUUGCUACACACAGUCUUGGGCCAAUGUUGUGAAGUGUUGAAUUUUGCCUCUAAUUUUAUUUAAUUUUUUUCUCUCAGUUCUGCAUCCCGACACAAUGUGUCACCGUAUUAGCGCUGCCUCAUCUAUAGCUUUUUAUUGAGUUUCUCCUAGAAAUCCACAGUAAGCGUGCACGCAGUCAUGUUGGCCUAAACCUGUACUGUAGAAGGGAACAAAACAGGGUUGUGAAGUUGGACAUUGCAGGCAAAUUCCAAUCAAUUUCUUUUUUCUCCUACCUCAUUCAGAGUGAUGCACAAACCCCUUUUGUGCCAUAAGACCUGCGUGAUAUUUGCAGACAUUUUGGCCACUCAAGGGCUUGAUGGAGAGUUUUACUCAUUUUGCUAAAGUAUGGCAUAGUAACAUGAAUGUGUAAUUUUAAUACCAAAUUUUUGCCAUCCACACUGGCAAAAGUUGGCAUUAAUAACAGCACACAAUAGCAAUGCGGUGGUGACAUUAUUUAGGGGUUCAUUGGCUUUCACCUUUCAGUUUUCUAUGUACUAUUUUCACACAAGCCAGUAGGGCUUUCUCUUCUGUGCUUCAUUAAGCAGAUGUAGCAUCAUGGAGGAUCUGUUUUAGGCUAGUUCUCUAAAUUCUAAAGUGUAGGUCACUAGGUGGGGUAUUUGCGGGUUGGCUUAUUCAUUGGGUGUAUUUUUUUUAUUUUAUCAUUUUUGUUUUUGUUUUUUAUAAAUAAUGCAAUGCACUAAAAUAAUUCUAAGAAUGUAGUUAAUAAUACUUAUUCUUAACAGACAUACUGUACUUGUGUUUAGAUGUAUGGUUCCCAGUUCUGACUUUUUUAAAAAGAAUAUAAAAUAGUAUGCUUUAUUUUCUAAAAGUUGACAUUUGUAAUAAAUGUCUGGACAGGGAAUAACCUGCUUAGUGACUUUCCCAUUCUUUAGGUUCCUGGAGUGUACAGUUGUGGUUGAUGUAGCAAUGCACAGUUUUAUUCAACCCCUUUUUGACGGACUCUUUCUUUCUGGUAUUAAGUACAUUGUUGACAGCUGCCUUAAGCUGUUCAUUUGUGAACAGUUUCUCUUUUUAAUAUAGAAAUAGACUACUCUUCCUUUGUUUCUGCCAUUGUGUUAAAGUAUUUUUUAUUUUUCAUUUGCCUUUGAUCUCCAUGUAAAAUACAGCGAUGACGUGGAGUAGGCCAUGGUCACGCAGAUUUGUUAUGAGGGUAGGAGAACAGUCAGCAAGAGUUGGUAGGGCUUAAAUAAAAGCUUGGUAACUGGCAUGUUCCACCAGAUGUGCGCACCUCUCUGCAGUCACCCCCGCGUAUACACAUUCAUGCACUUCGUAUGAAAGCCUUAUUUUUAAUGGCAGAAACCUAAUUUUGGAUCUUUAUUUCAUUUUUAUCAGAAGCACUGAAAAGUAAUGUCAUGUGUACAUUUUGUUCCUUUCCUAUUGUAAAGGGCAGCAUACAUUAAAGAGCAGAAUUCCUAAGCUUUCUGAAAUUGAACCCCAUGGCAGCUUCUGAUCCUAAAUUCUGUCUCCCGUAAGCCCAAUGCAACAGAAGUUAUCACUGGAACGAACAUAAGGUUUUUGUUUGUGGCUUUGUGCCCAAAGUAAAAGUUGAAACCUACUCAAAAAGAGGAGAUUAUUGGAGAAGAUAAGGCAUUGGAAAUGUUCAUGAUACAGCAAGUGUUGGUUGACUAGUAUACCUUUACUUGCUUAAAGCGGGAUCCAAUUCUAAUUCCAAAAACUGAUGCAGUUAAACACCAGUAUUUACAGCAAAAACCACUAUGUCAAAAAGCAGAAAAUAUUUUCUCUUUGAUUUAGUUACUUCAUAAGAAUUCUAGAAUUGAAAUACUGAAACUGUAUGACUGCAGUGUUGAUGAUUUUUUUUGUUUUAUGCACAUGUGACAUUGAAGAAAACGUUUACAUUUUUGUUAAACUAAUGUGCAUCACAUAUUUAUGUUUUUUUAAGUGAAUUUUUUUGCAUAAUUUUAGUAAUGCACAAUUUGUGACCUAUAACCUCAUUUUUUCAUUAAUAAUAGUGCGAAAAGGCAACAGUGACGAACUGCAUAAAAUUACUAAUUGUGUAACUGCAAAGCAGACUUGUGUCAAGUAAACAUUCUCAGACUUUUUGCAGUGCUAUCUAACUUAUGUCUACUGUGUUUUAUGGAAGUUCCUAUUUUCCCCAUUUUUUUCCCUAAAUAAAGUAAAAUUGACACCUAAA